GUCUAUUCAGGGCUGUACCCUGUAACGAUUGGAUCUCGAACAUUCAAGAUGAAAGUUAUUGCACAUCAAGGUCUUAUUAUAAGGUGCUAAACUGGAUGGAUUCUGCAACCCAAGAUGACAGUGGAGGAGGCAGAAAGAUGGGCCUGGCACGGCUGGCAAAAACACGCAACUUGUCAAACAGUUUGAACAGCCUUCAGAUGAUGGAUGGAAAACAAGAUGAGAAAGAUGAAUUUACUAAUGAUUCAAACAUACUAAUAUCAUCCUCUCCAUCAGCGACAUCUUCAUUUCCUACAGUUAUCCUUAUCACCCCAACCCAAUCGUCCAUACAUCCCCCAGACCUCAACAGUCUUCACGACACCCAGAGAUCACUUGACCCAUUAAGUGAUGUUCAAGCAUCACCUGUGCGAAAUCUUAGUAAGCAGAGCGCCACGGUCAACCUAUUGCCCAACAAGAUGAAUGUGUCGGAGCUAAGUGGACAACAACCAACUGAUCGAAAAUGCAAAAGUGUUAAUAUGGAGGAGGACUUGAUGUCACUGGACUCUGUUGGGCACGCUCAUGUUCCAUGCAGUGAUCCAGAUUUUAUUCGGAAUGCAAAAUCCGGAGUAAGAGCAAACCAGUGCAGUCCAGAUGUAAAGGUUAUAACUACAAGUGAUACAGAUCUUUCCAAUGUGAAGAGGGGUGAGAAUACAUCUAAUGUCACUCCUAAGUUAUCUUCUCUACGACUCUCUCGCCGUUCCCGCCUGGCUCCACCACAGGUCAAGCGAUCAAGUUCUAUGACUCGUCUUACAGAAGCUAUUAAUCAGAUACACAAUUUGUGUGUUUUUCCAGCCCACCAAGUUCCCACGGCUCAAACAAAUGAAGGGUUGUCAGAAUGCAGUCCUAAAUCACCACUCAAGUCUCCAUCCGUACGCCAGCCAGUGUCUGAGGUAAACGGUAGUGUUGCCCUUGCACCCCUCAUUGCCACAAGCAGUAGAACUGACAAAGUGUGCACCCAGUCUCCUAAGCUUGCCCGGCAGCCAGCAUUUAGAGAGACUAUUAAUGAAAAUAGAAAAUCAUGCACGGAUUCCCUUAAUAUUUUUGCAUACCAACGUGAUAGAGUUACUAAUUACAAAACUGACGUUGAAUGUAUCACACAUUCACCCAGUGUGUCUAGUCCAAAGGAUGUGCCUUCUAGUCAAUCCAUUACUAAUAUUCUAGAGAAUGGAUUUUGUGCUUCUUAUCCCUUAAGAACUAAACAUAAAACACCUAGUGCUAGUAGUAAAGCUUCAAGUUCCAAUAGUGAAUCUUCAGAUGUUGGGAGUUCUAAAAGUGGUAAUAGUAGAUGGAGGUCACAUGAGUGUAAAGAUGAAAGGAGAAUAAGAAAGAAGAGUGGGCAGAGAAGUAGCAACGUUCCCAAGAGCAACAGUGGUCCUGCAGAGUUAAAACAUGCAAGUACAGCUCCAGACAGCUUUAUGAAUGAAGAAGAUCACCCGUUUUAUAGUGCCUCAUGCCUUCAGUCAGAUCGGGUAGAAGGGUUAACGGGUCGUUCAACAUCAUGGUAUGGAUACAAGAAAAUGACUGAUGGUUCUGAAGGAAAUGAAGAACAGGAGAGUCAAAAUCUCCCAGAUUCGCCACUUCAGACAUGCCGGUCAGCCUCCUUAGAUGAACUGAACAACAUUGGUCUUUCUUAUGGAUUGCCAUUAAUAUCACCAGUGGAUGCUAAGAAAAAGAACUAUCUUUUUGGAGGGAUGAGUAGCCUGCUUGGGGCAUCAGAGUUAGACCGCUACUUCCCAACCCGCACAAUUAACAUCUUUAUUGCUACUUGGAACAUGAAUGGCAAGGAGCCACCAAUGAACCUAGAAGCAUUUUUGCUUCCUGAAGAAAUGGAUCACAUGCCUGACAUGUUUGUUGUUGGCACACAAGAGUCUGGUGGUAGCCGUUCUGAGUGGGAGGUCCGUCUACAGGCAACCAUUGGCCCUUCUCAUGUGCUCUUUACCUCAGCUAUAUUUGGUGUUCUUCAUCUGACCAUAUUUCUACGUAGAGACCUGCUUUGGUUCUGUUCUGUGCCAGAAGAAGCAACCUACAGUCUUCGUCCUGGUAUUGCUUAUAAGACAAAAGGAGGAAUGGGAAUAGGCUUCCAGUUCUUUGGUACUAGGAUGCUCUUCAUAAACUCGCAUCUAACAGCUCAUGAGGAGAAGCAGGCCUAUCGAAUCCAAAACUUCCGCAAUAUUACUCGAUCUCUUGACUUACCUCGCAUUUUACCUCACAGACAUAAACAUAAAGAUGUCACUCAUCGUUAUGAUUGUGUAUUCUGGCUGGGUGACCUCAAUUUUCGUCUAGCUGUGAAUCGUGAUCAUGUAUUUGAACGAUUAAAGAAUGCUGGACCUGAGGCCUAUCAGCAUCUUCUCCAGUGGGAUCAACUGUCCCAAGCUCGACGGAAAGGUGAAGCCUUUACCGAAUUUGAGGAAGGUCCCAUUACCUUUGCCCCAACAUUCAAGUAUGACCCUGGCACUGACCACUAUGACACUUCUUCUAAGCAACGUGUUCCAUCUUAUACUGACAGGAUCCUGUUUAAGAGCACUCGUGGAGCAGUUACAUGUUAUAGUUAUGACUCGUGUUCAUUGUUCAAGACUUCAGACCAUAAACCAGUGCUAGGAGCCUUCCAUUGCAAAAUUAGACCUGGCAAGGAUGAUGUACCACUGGCAGCUGGAUUAUUCAAUCGGGAUGUAUACCUAGAAGCAUUAAGGCGAAGGCGUCGAUUUUUAUAUCAACCAUCUAUGCGUAACUGCCCAGUGCAAUAGUGUUCUUUUGGAUUGUAAAUGAGGCAUUAAUCCUGAAAUACCAUUUAUAACUAAGCUUGGUUAGAGUGACUCAUGAAUAUGCUCAAUGAUGGCUGGGGCUUAGAAACCUAGAGAUACCCUAUCCUAUGACAGCUGGGACUCAAUUGAAGAUUAACCAUCUCCUGUUCUGUACAUAGACCCUAGUCCUAAAAAGGGGGAGUUCUGAGAGGCCAUAGUUGGUCUAAGACUUAACCAAUGAAUCAUGGUCAUCAUACAGCGCUUGCUUAGGUUUAGUUCACACCAGGGAGCAGGUUCAACCUCACUCCCUCCUGACAUCUGUGGAAAUCCCUAGGGAGAAGUGUAAGAUCCAAACUGUUCUAACCAUAUUUGGUAAUAAAGUGGAAUUUCAGGAUUAAUCCAUUAAUUAGCUAUAGGUUACAGAUAUAUCUCUAGAUAGAAUAACUUGUGAA